GCAUGUCAUUUACUUAAUCGGUUGAAUAUAUUUUCCCCCAAAAAUUAGUAAUUUCAAGCAAUUAAUCUUCCUGUUUGAAACAUCUUCAAUUAAGAUCACUCGAACUGGAACAAAUUCUCGAAAAAGCCCUAUUCAGUGCCCCUUUUCGAUCUCACCGCGCUUUGUGUCUCAUUUACGCAGCCGAUUUUGAGAUUUUGGUUUGAAUUUUUGGAAUUGGAUUUGAGUUGAGGGCCUAUUUUGAGAUAUUGCUAGUUAGAGAGAGAUGUUUUGGAGGGAGAGUAUGAGGGAGAGCGGAGAAGAAAGCGGUGGCCCUCCUAGCGGCCAGGUUAGAGUGCUAGUUGUUGGAGAUUCAGGUGUGGGGAAAAGUUCUCUUGUUCAUCUGAUUAUGACGGGGUCGUCCAUUGCUCAACCUCCUCAAACAGUUGGGUGUAACGUUGCUGUCAAGCAUGUUACAUAUGGAAGUUCUACGGGCUCAUCAAAUAACAUCAGAAGCAACUUCGAGAGAGAUUUCUUUGUUGAACUCUGGGAUAUAUCGGGGCAUGAAAGAUACACUGACUGCCGGUCUCUUUUCUAUUCUCAAAUUAAUGGUGUUGUGUUUGUUCAUGAUCUUUCUCAAAGAAGGACCAAGAGUAGCUUGAGCAAAUGGGCAGCUGAAAUAUCCGCAACUGGUACAUUCUCGGCUCCUUUAUCAUCUGGAGGUCCUGGUGGGCUUCCUGUUCCGUAUAUUGUUGUCGGAAAUAAAGCAGACAUUUCGGCAAAAGAUGGUGCACGAGGAAGCAGUGGUAAUCUUGUUGAUGUAGCUCGACAGUGGGCUGGAAAGCAGGGCUUGCUCCCAUCGAGCGAGGACCUUCCUUUGGUUGAGAGCUUCCCUAGCAGUGGAGGCCUUCUGGCAUCUGCCAAGGAAGCCAGAUAUGACAAGGAGGCCCUGAUGAAAUUUUUCCGAAUGUUGAUCAGAAGGAGAUAUUUUCCGGAUGAAUUGUCUAGUUCAACCCCGUGGUCUGCCCAAGUCAAAGGCUCGUUUCCUGGGCCUGGUGAGAUUUCCAGCGAUGAUGACCAGCAGUAUAAAAAUUCAAGUAGCGCUUUAGGUCAGCCGUACAAGUAUGAUGUACUUCCUCCACUUCCUGCUCAGCACAACUUGACACCGCCUCCGACACUUUAUCCUCAGCAGCCUAUGUCGAAACCAGACAAUUACAACAUCCCAGCAUUUGCCAGGACAAAUUCUGAGGAUUAUGCUCGUGCAAGAUCAAGGCGUACAGAUAUUAACGUGUGAUCAUUCCUUAUAGUAUAUGUAUGUACUCAUCCUCUAAUGCAAUAAUUUCGGAGUACUUUUGUUUAACAGAUAGUACUUCUUUUCCGAUCAGUUUUAUGCUCACAUUUGACAACGUGUGCAGGUUAAAAUCGGUUACUCGUUUACACUUUAUGUAUAUUUGAUAUCUAUAUGUAAUCGGCUUUAGUUUUUUUCAGUA